AUGCAUGGAGGGAUCAACGCUAGCAAUGGAACCGCAGCAAACAAUGCAAACUGUAAUUAUUUGAGACUCCCGAGAAAUUUGCUGCCCAAAUUUUACGAAGUCCUCGUGCAUCCAGAUUUGCUGGGAUCGACCUUCCAAGGCUGGGCUAGCGUGGAGGUGGGGGUCGUCAACAGCACCGACCUCAUCGUCAUGCACGCCAAACAACUCAACAUCAGCAGCAUUGAUGUGCGUUAUAAAGAUCGGAACGAGGAGAUAGAGAUGGAAAAGUACAGGGUGGCCGAUGAGUGCGAACAGCUGUACAUCGAGUUGAGGUUCCCCCUGUUGGAAGGUGCCCACCUGUUCAUCAACCUCUCCUUCUUUGCAGCACUCAGGAAAGAUUCAUCGGGUUUCUUCAUCGAAUCUUACAAAACAAGCAAAGGCGAUGAGAAGUACUUAGCAGCCACCUUCUUCGAACCAACUGAAGCCAGAUCAGCUUUUCCAUGCUUCGACGAACCAAACAUGAAGGCAAAAUUUAAGUUCAACGUCAUCCGUCCAAAUAAUUUCAUUUCAUUAUUCAAUACAGAAAAGGUCACAACUGGAGAAAUGAAAGUUUCAGAUGCGGAGACAAUGGACAUUUUUGAGAAGACAGUGAAGAUGAGCACAUUCUUGCUGGCGUUCGUCGUGUGUGACUUCCAGUCGAAAUCCACGAUGACCAGGAGCGGAGUUAAUGUCUCAGUGUUUUCCCCGUCAGAAACUAUCAGCGAUGUGGAUUUUAGUCUCAAUAUUUCAACCAGAAUGCUGGAGUUUUUUGAAGAAUUUUACCAAACCAAAUAUCCGCUGAAAAAAAUUGAUCAUGUACCGGUACCUAGCCUGAAAUUUAAAGGAAUGGAAAGCUGGGGCCUCUUAUUGUACAAUUCAAGCUACUUACUAUACAACGAAAAUGAAAGCACGGAAGAAGAUAAAAAGGAAUUGGUUUCGAUCGUUGCACACGUGCUCGCACGUCAGUGGUUUGGGAACUUGGUGACGAUGGAUUGGUGGAGCGACUGGUGGCUGAUAAAUGGGUUCGCCACAUUUGUUGAGGGCAUCGGGGCCAAACAUGUCUUCUCCGGCUGGCCACUACUGGAAGAUGAAACAUCCGAUCACCUAGCUUCAGCCUUGCACUACGAUUCUUUGGCUUACACAUAUCCGCUAUCGUUUUUUUCAGAGGACCCCGAUAAAAUUAAAAAUACGAUUUAUUCCAUUUUGAACUUGAAGGCAGCCUACAUAAUGACGAUGCUGCAUGAUGCCGUUGGCUCCGAUUUAUUUCGUGCAUCUUUGAAGCACUACUUGGACAAGCACAAGUUUGGGAAUGUACACAGCGAAGACUUUUGGGAUUCAUUUGCUCAAGAGUUGAAUUGGGGCAGCCAGACUAACGUGAGGGAGAUGAUGAACACGUGGACUCUACAGAAAGGUUAUCCGCUCAUCAGCAUAAGCAGGAAUGGUAAGAAAGUUACCUGUCGACAAAACAAGUUUGUCGAGAAUCAAGGACAUUUGAAAUUCAAGUAG